UAUAUUCCUCAACAGCUACAGCAGCAGUUGCCAGUUGGUGCAUGAAGAAUCACUCUCAUGACUUUAGGCUCAAGAAGAUUAAAUUCCAAGCAGAAGUUAGUUGGGGGGUGGAGUGCUAAUUAUUUGUUUAAAUGCCCCGCCCUUGAUUCCUUAGAAUCAUAUCACCCAUCUUUAGCCAUUCUUGAAUAUUGAGACAAGAACAUAGUACCAACCAUGUUCAGUACUAAGAUGACAGUUUUUUUAGUUCUUCUCCUUCAGAGCUGCAUAGCCUUGGCAUCUGAUCCUGAUCCAGUCCAUGACUACUGCAUACCAAUACCCGAAUUUUCAUCAAUCUUCCCAUCUUGCAAGAACUCAUCCCUAGUCACAGUUGAAGAUUUUGUCUAUUCAGGCGUUAAAAACCCCGGGGAUUUCAAGAAAACCGGGUUUGCAUCCAUCCCGGUGAGCUCAGCUGUCUUCCCAGGCCUGCACACACUAGGCAUGUCGUUUGUUCGUGCUGAUUUUGAUGCUGGUGGGAUUAACGUGCCACAUUACCAUCCCAGGGCCACUGAGACCGCGUUUGUGCUGGAGGGGAAGGUCUAUUCGGGGUUUGUUGAUUCAUCAAACAGAGUUUUCGCGAGAGUUGUGGAGAAGGGGGAGGUGAUGGUGUUCCCGAGGGGACUGGUUCAUUUUCAGAUGAAUGUUGGUGAUUCCCCUGCUAGUAUACUGGGGAGUUUCAACAGCCAGAAUCCAGGGUUAGUGAAAAUCCCUAAUGCUGUGUUUGGAAGUUCCAUAAAAGAAGAGUUGCUGAUGAAGGCUUUUGGGCUGAGUGAUAAGGAAGCUGAUAAACUGAGAAAGAGGUUUGUUCCUCAGUAGUUUGCUGUGUACUUAGAUUAUGACAAAUUGUUGUCCCAAUCUCUUCACUGUUUCUUGAUUUAGUAGUUGAAUGUUAGAAAUAUUUCUUUAGACUA